UAGUCACGUGACCCGUACACGCUGCCAUAUUUGUUGUCAUUGCAGACACGCUUAUUACCGUGGUAAGUCCUGGAGGAAUAACGUCGAUAAUAAUGAGUUCGUAUGUGCCAGAAGACGCACCACAAGUGCGUUUAUGUCACUUGCGUAAAUGGAGUGACUUCAACGGCUAUGGCUUUAAUCUCCACGCUGAGAAAGGAAAAGCAGGCCAGUACAUUGGUAAAGUGGAUCCGGAUUCCCCCGCAGAGGCGGCACGUCUCAAAGAAGGGGACAGAAUCGUUGAAGUCAAUGGAGUAAAUAUUGGCAACGAGAACCACCAGCAGGUCGUCAGCAGGGUGAAAGCUGGAGGGGAUGAGACCAGAUUGUUAGUGGUAGAUGCUGAGGCGGAUAACUAUUACAAGGAGCAUAAGAUUGUCAUCAGAAAUGACCUUCCCUCAGUAGUGGUAUUUGCAACACCAGCAGACCGCAAUAGUAAAGAGCCAUCUACCAAUGGUGAUGCAGGAGAAGUUGUGACCAAUGGAACAGCAGCAGUGAUUGCUGCAGAGACAUCACACACUGUGGAGAGUCAUGAGGAUGAAGUGGAGGACCUUGCCAAUGACUACGAACAAGUUGACAUCAGUCCACCAGAGGAGCAGAAAGAGCCUGAGGUAGAGGAGCCCAAACACACAGAGCCUGAGCCUGAGCUGCCUCCAGAGCCAGAGCCCGAGCCACCAGUAGAGACAUCUGUAGAAGCUGAAGUUAAGGCAGAGGAGCCUGUCCAGAAUGGAUCAGCUGUGCAGGAGGACCACUUGGAGGUGGAGAAUGAGACAGGAGAGCAGGAGGUAGCUGAGGAGGUGGCAGAAAAGACACCUUCUGUCCACUCAGAACAGGAGGAACAGAAACAGUUAUCUUCUGACAGUCAGUCAGAGAAGGAACCCUCAGUACAUUCUGACAAGGUGUCGCCAGAGCCUGAGCCAGAGCCAGUAGAGGUGGUCCAGGAUGAGCAGGAAGAGCAGAAACAAGAAGAGCCAGAACCUGAGCUAACCAAUGGCCAUGAUAAGGAGCCACAAAGGGACCCUACUCCACCACCACCACCCCCUGCUGAACCCGAGCCAGAGCCAGAGCCAGAGCCAGCCCCUGUUGUGGAGCCACCACCUCCUGAGCCUGUACAUGUAGAGGAACCAGCUCCUGUCAAAGCGGCAGCCCCCCAGCCCCCAGCCCCCUCUCCUCAGGCCAACGGGGACACUCUGAACUUACCCAUGUCUGCCAAGGAAAUGAGGGAAAUGCUGAAAAAACGCAAAAAGGCUGAUCCCAAGUCACAGCAUGUACCAUUCCAGAAGAAAAAUGAGAUGUUCCAAAGAUUGUGAGAGUGAAAAAUGUACUUGUAAGAAUGCAAACUUUCUGGGGAAGAUUGAGAAGAAAUCAACUUCAUUCAGGACUGUUGGAUGAUGGAGAAGUCUGAGGGGACCAAAAAGAUUGUUCCAGUGUAGUGGAAACCAUCUUUAACAGUCAUGGAUUUAUAGUAGUUUUGAUUUACAUUGCCUUAUUGAAGGAAACGACUGGAAGAUGUUAAAACUGUCAAUAUGAAGAACAAUUAAGCUUCUGGUUGAAAUAAUACUGUAACUGUUUUGUUUUGUUCUUUUACAUCAAAAACAAUUUAAGCAGGUUGAUUACAUUUCUAUGCCUACACAGACUGCAAGUUAAAUGUGAGCUAUCAUUCAAAGCCAAGAGAUGUUUCACAAUGAAUAGAUAAAACAAUUAGUUUACAUCAAAAACAAAAUGGUUACAGUACAGAUACUUAAAUUAGUAUUAUUUCUAAUGACACACAGUUUUAACGUGUAAAAUUGAAAACAGUGUUAUAAGCUUUCAUAUGUAACUUCACCCAGCUGUGUGCAUGGACUGCCUGGUUGUACUUUUAAUCACAGUUAUCUGGUCACAUGAUUAAGUAAAUCAAUGGCAAUAUUUUUUGUUAUUACAAAUAUAUAAUACCAUUAUAUGAUCUUGAAUUUAUACAGAUAUUGGGUUUCUUCCAUAAAUGAAUAUUUCUUUCAAUUCUUAGAAUGUGGAUUAGGACUAAAUGAGAAAAUCGUGUGAACUGCCUUGAUUGCAAGGCUUAAAGACGUGCAUAAUAUGCAUGGGUUAUGACUUGGGCACAGUUUUAAGAAAAAUUGUGAUAAUUACAAAAUUAGUAGUAUUUGUGUAAUCCAGUUUGCAAUAUGUAAUAGAUUUGAUUGCCAGUAUCCAUUUGCCAAGUAUGUCAGCUUUGAAAAAAAGAUGUGAAAAUCUUGCCACCAAUUCUGAUUCACAUUUCAGCUUCUACAUACUUUUGGUCAUUAGAAUUUGGAAAAUAAUCCAAGCAGUGGUUUUAUAGUGGAUAGAUCAGUAAUUGUACACAUUUGAUUCUUUCUUUUUCGUUUUGUUUCUUUUUUUUUUUUUUUUUCUUUUUUACCAAAAUGUAUCCGGAUAGGUGGUUAUAACAGGACAAAAAUGAGGUUGUGCAUUUAUUGGGUAUAAUUAUACACGUUAAGCUUUUUUACAGGAAAAAUAACUGUAUAUACAUAUAUUUAUGUAAUGGUUGCUGCUUGUAUAGAAAAUCUGGAUAAACUGCCAAAAAAGACCGAUAGUGAAAUGAUGCUUGGCAUGUUUUAAGAUUCGAGCAGUUGGCUGCUGAAAUUUUGCUUUUGUUUUCUAUGACAAAAAAAGACAUGUUUGCAUUGCUUCUUAUGAUAAUGAUCUACUUAAACUUUGGUCAAUUUCCCCUCAAGGUAAACCUACUGGGGUUGCCUAUAUUUCACAAGAGGCAUAUCAAGGCAAAAGUUUUUAAUUGAAAUGAUGUUGCUCACUCGUCCUUGUAUGAAAUCCACCUGUCACUGUCAGAUAUGCCGACCCUUUACAGGAACACAUUUAUGUGAAAUGUAAAUGUUAAUGUAAAGUUUAAGGUGUGUCUGUGAUAGCUGUUUGUCUCCCGGCAGAAAAAGUGUUAUGGUUUCUGGAAGUAGGUAUUUCUGUGACAUGCUCUUGUUGUUCUUUUGGUAGGUUUCCCUUUUUUUAUGGUAAAGGAGGGUGCCUUGGGGAACUUCGAUGGAUUUGUACAAUGGAACUCGCUGUAAUUUAGUUUGGGAAAGUAUUUACAUUUUCAUAAAUAUAUUAUAUACAAAUGGCAGUCUAUACUACUAAGUGCAUAUGAACAAAUUCUGUAAAUUUGAUUCUUAUCCAGUAGAUAUAUAAAUAUAUGAAUAAAGUGAUUAUAUUAUUUUGAUGA